AUGGUGGAGCUGGUGGAGAACCGAACCAUGCAGGUGGACAGUCACGUGGAGCUCUGCGAAGCACACCAGGACAUCAGUGACAGCACCAGCAGCAGCUGCAAGCCCGGCAAGGACAAGUCCAGGAGUGAUGCAAUCACUCAGGAGGACAAGCAGAGUAACAAGAGGUCCCUGAGGCAGCGAAACAAUGAGAAUAGAGAGAAUGCAUCUAAUAAUCAGGACCAUGACGACAUCACCUCAGGAACGCCCAAGGAGAAGAAAGCAAAAACCUCAAAGAGGAAGAAACGCUCCAAGGCCAAAGCAGAGAAGGAUGCCUCUCCCACAGACCUCCCCAUGGACCCCAAGGAGCCCACCUACUGUGUGUGCAAUCAGGUCUCCUAUGGAGAGAUGAUAGGCUGCUACAACCAUGAGUGCCCCAUCGAGUGGUUCCACUUUUCCUGUGUGGGACUCAACCAUACACCAAAGGGCAAGUGGUACUGCCCCAAAUGA